GCGAAGUCUCCCCAAUCCCCGUGCCAUCUACCCCAUCGACGCGGUGUGCCCUCUCCUGCGACGCCCUGUGAUGGGGGCGCCGCAACGCCUCUUGCCCCCGCUGCUGCUUGCCCGGUUUGCCUUGAUGGCCCUAGCUCGCCGCCCGACGAACGACUUGCGCCAGCUGUUGCACGACCCGGGCUUUACACUGCGGUGCGAACAGGCUGGCCUCUCGCUGCAGCCCACAGCGUUGGACGGUGCCCAGACAGCAUUUACAACGGUGAGGGACUACAGCACGCGGACGUUCUCACGGGCAGAUGCCGCAGAACCCUCGGAGCCGCUCCACAUCAGGGCCCUGUGCUGCCCACGGUUGGCAGGCCCGGCAAUGGGCUUUCUCGAGUUGCCCGGCCGGGCUAUGCGCUGGGCCCCGCUCCCACAUCGCGGUACAUAUGACAUCAGUUCGUGGACCCCCAUGUGGAUGUGCAUGCGGUGCCAGCGCGAGUUGCCAACCGCCCGUGUACAGGUCCCGCAUCCCAGGCCAAACUGUCCGAAUUGCUGUGUCCCAUUUGCAUGGGAGGGCGACAUCCGCCAUGCUGUGGAGAGGUGGGUUUGCAGCAGGUGUCUUGUUGCGGGGCCUGCUCACCCGCUGGCGCUUCAGCAGCUAGCCUGCUCCCCCAACACAUCUGAUGCCGACCGCAUUGGACAUGUGGACUCGAUAGGUGGGCCCUGCGCGGUGUCAGUGCCUGAUGCCUCGCUGCCUGCCACGCCGCCUCAUGCGCCUGCCCGCAAUUGGGUUCAUGCCGAGCCGCCGCCGAUCCCGCUGCCCCAGGCCACCAACUCCUGUGUGUAUAUGCCCUUGCUGCUAGAUGCAGCUGGCCUCCUCCAUGGUCGCGCGCGUGAGGCAUGGCGGGCGCACCCGUCCUUUGUUCCAUGGUGGCAUGGGGCUGUCACUGCCCUCCUAGCACGCCCAUUCCUGUCAGUGCGCGACGUGCAGUCGGCAGUCGAGCACGGUUUGCUCGGCCAGCCUAACCACACCUGCGAACGCCUGCAAUUCUUUUUGGCGUGGUGUUCCUUGCGUGCCGCGCAGGUCACCUCGCUUGCUGCCCUCCUCCGUGAAGCAGGGGAUCCUCAUGAGGGAUAUUAUCUCCCUGGCCCUUUGCAGGAGGCGCUUCUUGCCCUCCUGCUGGGGUGA